AUGUCUGCUCCAAGUGUCCCAUCUGCACCACCUUCUUAUGACGAAAUAGCAGGAGUCAACACGAGCAAUCCUUUCCCUCAGCCAUAUCCAGACUUUGGGCAGAAGCCAGGCUGGAACGGAAUGAGCCCUCCCCAGUACGCGGGACAGCCUGCACCAGCCAGUAACCCCCCCAUUACAGUUCAAACAGUGUAUGUGCAGCAACCAGUAGUAUUUUCUGACCGCCCAGUUCAGAUGUGCUGCCCUUCCUGUAACCAGACGAUUGUGACACGUCUCUCGUACGGCUCAGGAGCUUUGACUUGGCUGUCAUGUGGUGGCCUCUGCCUGGUGGGGUGUAUACUUGGCUGCUGCCUAAUUCCCUUCUGCAUUGAUGCCCUAAAGGAUGUAGAUCACUUCUGUCCAAACUGCAAAACUCUUCUUGGUUCUUACAAACGUUUAUAG